AUGAAGAGCCAGAAGGGCGCGAAGGUGCCGAUGCUCAAGGACACGCUGCGCAAGCUGUACCUGCGCACGCACCCGGACCUGUUCGGGCGGUACCCGGAGCAGCAGCGCGCGAACGAGGAGUCGUACAAGGAGCUGCUGGGCAUCUUGGACGCGAUCGAGAAGCACAACGAGUUCCCUCCGGCCAAGACGCUGGUGCUGCCGUUCUUCCUCAAGACGCCCGUGGAGGGCCAGUUCAAGGAGGUGGACCUGCAGCUGCGCACGACGGGCGGCGCGUGCAACACGCUGGUGGAGGAGGCGCUGGGCCGGUUCUUCGGCGAGUGCGGGCUGCCGCAGGCGUUCCAGUGGGGCGAGGGCAGCUGGGGCAAGGCCGUGGGCAAGGACGCGGUGGAGAACUCGAACCUGGGCUUCGACAAGGAGGAGGAGGCCCGCGAGAAGGCGCGCAAGGAGGCGGAGGCGGCGGCCAAGCGCGAGGAGCAGAUCCGCCAGUCGGCUCCGGCCUACAGCCCUGUGGACCGAAGUGCGCCGGAGGAUCACUCGAUCGAGAAGGCUCUGAAUGAGCUUGACGACACACUGCAGUUGAUCGCUGCGAUGCCGUACCUGGAUGACGAGGACGAGCAGCAACGGGCGAUUAAGGUCCACUUUGAGCAGGGCAGUGGUCUGGACGACCUCGAUGCUCAGGGCUACGCGGUCAAAGCUGGAGCCACUAAGAUGUGGCAAGGCGAACGUGACCUGAACACGAUCAUCAAGGGCGUGGACGCGGACUCGGCCAUUAUUCUCCAGCGAAUCCUUAUGCACACGCUCGACAUCGAAAAGCAACUCAAUGAAAUCAUCGCCAAGGGGGGCUUUGAUGAUGACGAGGACUCUGCCGCCGAUGCGCAGAAGUAA